GCCUCCACUUUAGUCAAUCAUCUUUGAUGUGAAGUGAUGAGUGUCCCUCCCCCUUUGUUUAUCCCUAUUUUUUUUUAUUCUUCCAAGUAAUUCAUAUCUCAAAGCGAUUAGAUCAUAUUACAUUCAACAAUUGAUAAGUGAACUGAUUUCCAAUAACAAUUUCCUUUAUUAAUUACUGCGCAAAAUAUCCGAGAAGGCCAACACAACAAAUGUUUAUCGCUAUAUAACAAUUAGCUAAUUCACAGAUAUCUGGUACUUUAUUAUAAUUUAAUUCCCAGAAUUCAGGAAGUCAAUUAUUUUGGAAAAAUAAUUACUGUACGUGGCACCUCGUGACCCUCAGUGAGAAUAAAAAGAACCAUCCAAGCGAAUGAAAAAUGGGCAAAGACAUUGAAUUACUGAAUGGAGUCAGCAAAUUCUUCACGGAACAAUUGCUGGAGGAAGUGUUGGCCAAGAAAUUUGGAGAGAAGGAUGUGGAGGUGACAGGAUGGGAGUUUGGAGAAGCUUCAGCUAAAGGGGACAGCUAUUUAUCAGAAGUUGAUCGAGUUGUUAUUAAUGGAAAGAUUAAAGGAAAGCCUGAGAGUGUCAAAGUCGUUGUCAAAUCCUUUCCAUCAAAUCUGGGGAGGAGGAAUACCUUCAGGAGCAAUGUGUUCUUCAAAAAUGAAAUCCUUUUUUACACUCGGAUUGUUCCAGAGUUCAAGAAAUUCCUUGCGUCCAAAAAGAAAGAAUAUUUAUUCCUGGUUCCGGAUUGUUUAGCUCAUUUUUUAGAUGGUGAAAACGAUUUCAUAGUUUUGGAAGACGUGAGUGUUUAUGGAUUCGGUCCAGCAGCACGACAGAGUACUUUGAGUUUAGAAGAAUGCAAAGUUAUACUGAAAGCAAUGGCAAGAUUCCAUGGAGUCUCUUUUGCUCACAAAGAUCAACACGAGAAAGAGUUUUAUAAAGUCGCUGGCCAACUGGAAGAAACUUAUUUCAGUGAGAAGUGGACCGACUGGUACGCGAAAUUCCAGGCGCUCAUUGUGAGCAUUGCAAAGGACGCAAUAUCCUUGGAGUAUCCAGACACGCCACAGCAGAAAAAAUUCUGCUCUCUUGAUGGAAAGGAUUUGUGGAAGAAAUCUGUGGAAUUAUGCACUCGCAUUCACGCACCGACUUCAGUUGUGAAUCAGGGCGACUGCUGGGCUCCAAAUUUUUUGAUACGUGAAACCACCAGUGGAGAGAUGGAGACGCUCUUACUGGAUUUUCAAUUGGCCAGGUGUGCCAGUCCCGUCACUGACAUAUCAUUCUUCAUCUACUCAUGCACAGACCAGAAAAUGAGGGACGAAAACUUUGAUUUCCUUCUAAAGUUCUACCAUGAGGAGCUGUCCAAGACAAUUUCUGAACUUGGAUCUAAUGCUGAAGAGGUUUAUCCCUGGUAUUUAUUCCAGGAAGAGGUGAAGGAGCAAUUCGUUCACGGUGUGGGUUUCUGUUUGGAAUCAAUUCCAUUUAGUAUGCUGGAUGAGUCAGAAGCCUUGAAUCUAGAUGGAAUCAAAGGAGAUGAAGCUGUUGACAUUGUUGAGGUGUUUGCUCUGAAGCCUUUGAAAGUCCCAGCGAAACGCCAACGUCUUGCCAGCGCCUUGGUUGACGCUAUAGACCGCGGAUUUCUGUGAUCGAUUUAUUUUUUGCCUUCACAGUAUUUAUGAUUACUCUGAAUUUGAUCAUGAACAUUCCAUAGCUAUAAAACAAAAUAUGUGAAAUAUAAACGAUUUAUAUUCAAUAAGCGUACAACAAAGAUAGUUUUUUUUUUCGUUGGAAAUAUUAUACACGUAAUAAGUAAAUUCACCAAUCAAAAUCAUUGGAGUUGGAUUGAGUUAAUUAUAUGAUUUUCUUAAUAUCACAUUUAAGGCUUGAGAAAAUGCUAUGAAAUAAUCGAAGCUUCAUGAAAUGGGUAAAAAAAUCUCGUGGGACCACUGAUUGUUUCAUUUUCACUUUUCGUUUGUUUUUGGUUGAUUUAUUUACGCAGG